UCAGACUCCAACGAGCCAAGGAGUUCGCAUUAAUUAUAGAUGCAGAGUCCAUCUCACUUAAGGGUGAUCACCGAUGAUUCUUCUGGAGAGGAGGACGGGACGGUCGGCCAGAAAGCUCUUUCGGCAACGUCUACCAAGACCCCACUUCUCAGCAUGGUCUCACCAGCAAUCGCCUUGGCCUUCAUCCCAUUUCUCAUGACCGUGAUAAUCCGUUAUCGCCAUUACUUCCUCCUCUUCUACCGGGCUGUGCUGCUGCGUAAGAUCAGGGACUACAUGACCGGCAUCCCGCGGGAGGAGAGAGCUUUCCAGUACGUCAUUACGCACGCCAUUCCCGGAGACCCCCAGCACCUUCUCAACACCUUUGACCACUACAGUUACCACUGUGAGCACCUGGCGAACGUCGGACCUCACAAAGGGAAAAUUCUGGACCGUCUGAUUUAUGAAAACGCCCCACUUAAUGUACUGGAGUUAGGCACAUACUGUGGAUACGCCACCAUAAUCAUCGCCCAGGCUUUGCCCCUAGGCGCGCGGCUCUAUACCGUCGACGCCAAUCCCAGGAAGGCGGCUGUGGCUGAAAAGGUCAUCCGAUUGGCCGGCUUUGAUGACGACACGGUGGAGCUGCUGGUUGGUCUCGCAGAGGAGAUUAUACCCCAGCUGAAAGACAAACAUGGGGUGCAGAAGCUGGACUUUAUCUUCAUGGACCACGGAAAACGCUGUUACCUCAGAGACCUUCAGCUUUUAGAGGAAGUGGGACUUCUUCAGGAAGGGACCAUCAUCCUGGCGGACAACGUGCUGUUCCCGGGAGCCCCCCACUUCCUGCAGUAUGUGAAGACCUCCGGAAAAUACCAAUGCAAAAUACACCGAGGCAAUCUGGAGUAUUUCCGCUACAUCCGGGACGGGAUGGCAGAGCUGACUUACACCAAACUGACAUGAGACCCCGAAAUAAAGACUUUUCA